AUGGUGAAGCGAAAGAGCUUGGACGUAUCGACUUCCCGGCUGGUGUGCACCGUUUCAAAUGGGUCGUUGGCGGAAAUUUCACUCAAGGAUCGCUCGUUGAAAAGCAAAACGCAGAUUACCACAGAGGGCGAUGACGUCGGUAGAAUGAUUCUGGAUGUGUCCCCGAGCGGUGACUAUGUGGCCGUGUCGCAUGGCGAUGGCCAGUUGAGCCUCCUCGACGGGAGUACGAAGGCUAUCAUACGCUCGUGGAAGUUGGCGGGCGGCGUUUGGAACAUUGAACAACAUCCGGAAUGUAUGGUCGUGUCCUGCAUGUAUGGCGGCUGGGCAAUGUUGGAUCGGAUCUUGGAGCCAUUUUACUGCGAAAGAAAGCCUGGCGAUGCUCUGCUCUAUGGUGCGACAAUUUGCGACCAAGGCUUUGCGUAUAUUACCUUCAAAGACUCGACGUUGACGAUGAAGCAAAUAAGU